AUGGGUGGAGCGCGAGCUCGAGAAGCGCAUGGGGAAGCUGCUGCGGCCGGGGGGUCCCACUUUAUCCCUCCUCUCCCUUACUCACCUCCCGUUCCGCGUGACCCCCUUCCUCCCGUUCCCUUUCCCCCCCGUGCGCCAGUUAUGGGUGGAGCUCGAGCUGGAGAAGCGCAUGGGGCAGCUGCUGCUGCUGGGUCCCCCUUCACGCCAUGGGUGGAGCGCGAGUUGGAGAAGCGCAUGGGGCAGCUGCUGCCUCUAGUGGAAGAGUCUUUCUCCGUUGCUUCCUCCCUUGCUAAGCAAUUCGUGCAGGACCCAGCAGUGGAUGCUCUAGUGGAAGAUGACGAUACAGCAUAUGCUGUUGAAGAGCUUGUAGCGGAUCUCGCUUCCAAAGGCAUCCCAGGGGCAGCGGACCUUGAUGACGCACUGCAGCAGUUUGGGAGCGAGCAGAUCGCGGAAUCGGUGGUGGCUUAUUUUGAUGUGCUCAUGGCAGCCGUGGAUGGGCACCUGGAGAACGACGGCGCUCCCAGUGACGGCGAGGGCAGUGAGGGCGCGAGUGAGAGAGGGAGUGAGGGAGCGAGUGAGAGAGGGAGUGAGAGGGGAAGUGGGAGCGACGGGAGUUUCAGGAGGGGGGGGAGGGGCGUGGGGCGGGGUGGUGGGGGGAGCGAGAGUGGGAGUGGGAGUGAGGAAGGGAGUGUGAUAGAGGGUCACGAGGAGGGGGAUUAUGAGGGGAGAGGGGGGAUGAGGGGGGGUGGAAGGGGUGGGAUGGAUGGGCAUAGGCAUGAGAGAGGGGAGAGUAGAGGGAGUGAGUCGUGGGACGAGGAAGGGGAGGAAGGGGAUAGCUAUGGGGAGAGCGAGGAGGAGGACGAGAGGGGAGGAGGACGAGGAGGAGGAAGGGGAGGAGCAGGUGGAGGGGGAAGAGGAGUGAAGGGAGGAGGAGGGGGCAGGAUGGGAAUGGAGGUAGAUGAUAUGGAUGAGGAGGGGAGGCUUGAUGAAGAGGAGGAAGUAGUAGAGGAGGAGGAUGAGGAGGAGUUAGAGGAGGAUGAGAUUGAGGGGGAGGUCCGCGGUAUGGGAAGGCUGCAGGGCGCUGGGAGAGUGAGCUUUCGGGAGGGAGGGGGGAAGGUGGUGUAUGGGGGGGAGGAGGGUGGGAGUGAGGUGGAGAGUGGGAGUGAGAUGGGGAGUGGGAGUGAGAGGGGUGGCGCUAGCAGAGGCGCGAGGGUAGGGGAGGGGGAAGAGGAUGAUAUGUCGAUGAGUGGUGGGGAGGAGAAGCAGGGAGGUGUAGGAAGGGAGGGGAGGGAAGGGUCUGGGGACUGGACUGAGGAUGAGGAGAUGGGGGAGGGGGAGGACGGAUUGAGUGGGAGUGAUGUUGAGGGGGGAGUGGGGGGAGCGCGGGGAGGGGGUGGGGGGAUGAACGUUGGGGAGAGGCAAGGGAGAGGAAUGGGCGAGCUGGGAGGAGAAAUGGGAGAUUCGGAUCAAGGGUCGUUUGAUGAUGACGAUGAUGAUGAUGACGAUAUUCCGUUGGCCGAACCUGGAAGGGAGUAUAUUUCAGGUUCGGAAGAGAAUGAGGAAAGGGAAGGGGAGGAGGAUGAGGAGGGGGUGCGAGGUGACUCUGGCAGUGUGAUUAUACACGAUGGUAUGAGCGCCGCUGGCUCGGCCCGAGGCUCCUUCCGAGGCUCACUCGCUGACUCGGGGUCUUUCCGAGGCUCCGUCGGAGGUUCGGCACGAAGCGGGGUAGGGGCAUACCAGGGUCCAGGGAUGGGAUUUCCGGAGCAGGAGGAGGGGGUUUUCGAUGAUGAUGAUGACGACGACGAUGACGAUGACGAGGAUAUUCCGCUUGCCGAAGCUGGAGGUUCGGGAGAUUAUGGGUCAGGUUCGGACAGCGAUGUGGUGCCAAUUGCACAGCCCGGGCGAGCACCGGACCUCGAUGGGGAAGGCUUGGGGGAUUCUCAAGGAGAAGAAGAUUCAUUUGGGGAGGGGGAUUCUCAAGGGAUGAACUCCCAAGAGGAGGGUUCUCAAGAGGGCGAUUUUCAAGAGGGGGAUUCGCAAGGGGAGAGUGGUUCUCAGGAUGACAUGGGUUUGCCAGAAGAGGGUGGUUCUGUCACUCCUGACAGUGCAUCAGGUUCCGGUGAAGAGAUAGAGGAUGAGGAGGAGGAUGACGAUGAUGAUGACGACGACGAUGAUGAUGAUAUCCCGAUUGCCAUGGUGAAUUUGUCAAGUCAAAGCAACAACAGCAGCUUCGGCAGUUUGGGGGGCAGCGGCGGUGCUGGUGGUGGCGGUGCGGGAGGCAGCGGCAAGCACGAUUUGCCGCACAUCCCAGCGGCAAUCAAGGCUUUGAGAUCGCAGCAUUUCGACGUUCCGCACAAGCCGCUUACAGGGUCAGGGGGUAUGGGCAGUCCAAGAGUUGCCGCCCUCAGCCGGCCAGGUGCAGCUGGUUUCGUUCGUCCGAUGCCCGGGCCGGUUGAGGGCGGAUUCGUUCGUCCGAUGCCGCCUGCUGCCGGCCGCGUCAACUCCUUCUCCGUCUUUUCUGAGCCGCCCCAGAAGCUGCCGACCAACAGGGUGAACUCGUUCUCUGGACACCGUUUGCAGGGUGACGGCGUGCCUCUAACCCCAACUCCUCCACCUCACCCACACCCUCCCAUGUCAGAGCGAGACAGGCUGCUAGCCGCACGAGUUAACUCUUUUCAGAUGCGAGCGGUUAGCAGUAGCCCGCGGGCUGUAGCAACAGCGAACAGAGUCAACUCCUUCUCGCAUCCGGCUAGUGGGUUGGCAUCCCCGCAUGCUACGGCAGCAGGGCGAGUAAAUUCGUUUAAUGUAGACAACCGGCCUGGGACUGGGGGUGGUGCAGGUGGGAUACCGUCCUCUCCUCUUGCCAACCGAGUGAAUUCGUUCAAUGUGGAGGCGAGGGGUGGGAGUGGGAGUGGGUUUGCAGCUUCGCCGCUUGCGAAUCGGGUGAAUUCGUUUCAAGGGGUAGGGGUGGAUGUUAGGGGAGGGGGGGCGAUGGGGAUGGGUGAGACAGGGGUGGGGCAUGGGCGAGGUUCGGUUGGAUUCGGUGGUGGUAGGUUUGGGAUGGGUGUGGGAAGAGGGAGGGGGGUUGCUGGUGGUGCUGCUGUUGGUGGUGGUAGUGGCGGUUCUAAGGUGCCUUCCCGCGAUUCCUUUGACGGGGAAAUGGAAGUUGAGGAAGAGGAGGAUGAAGAGGAUGAGGAGGAGGAGAAGGAAGGGAGAGGAAUGGGAGAGGGUUAUAGGGAUGGAGAUAAGGAGAGUGGUGGAAGUAGCAGGAGCGGCAGUGAGAGGAGCGAGGAGGAGGAGAAUGAUGCUUCAUCAGCAGCAACAGAGGAAGGGGAGGGGAGCAGUGAGGGGGAGGAGAUGAGCGAGGAAGGGGAGGGAGAUGGGGAGGAGGAGGGCAUGCGGAGAGGAAGAGGGAGGUUUGGAAACGAGAGGGGAGAGAGCGGGAGUGGGAGCGGGAGUGAGAGUGAAGGGGAGGAUCGCAGUGAGGGCCGGAGCAGGAGUGGGAGCGAGAGGGAGAGUGGAAGUGAUAGGGGCGGGUCUAGCUUCCUCAGAUCUACCUCCACUGGGUCUGCCUCCCCUGGGUCUGCUGCUCCGUCUCCUGCCGCCUCUCCUGCUGCACUUGCAGGCGCAGCAGCAGCAGUGGGGGUUGUAGGGGCAGUGGCGGGAGUAUCGAUGUCACCUAGGCCGUUUCCGCCAACGAGGGACAGGAGGAGCGAAUCCGGAGGGGGGAGCGGUGGAGCAGGGUUAGGAACGGUGGUGGAGGAGGGGGCUGAAAGGGGAGUGGAGAUGUGGACGGGUGAGGACGGGGCAGGAGCAGCAGGAGCAGGUGCAGGUGCAGGGGCAGGUGCAGGGGCAGUGGGAGGGGGAGAGAGUGUGGGAGUGGGAGAGGAGGGGCCGAAGCGAGUGAGUGUGGGGGUAGGAGAGGAGGUGUUGGUUCCCCUUGUGCCAACACCCCCCGGAGGGGCAAAGAGGAGCCCGUGGGGAAGCUUUGGGCGGAGAAGCUUCAAAAGGUUUGGGGCAGGUGAUUUGGAUGAGGAGGUGGGUGCGUCCCCGUCUCGCCGUACCAAGCUGCAGGAUGGUUCGGCAGCGGACCAGUGGCAGCUUCGGAAGCAUGGCCAGGUUGGGGAUGCCGGUCUGGUUACAGGCUCGGCAGCAGGCUCGGCAGCUGAGUCAGUGGAAGCAGCACCUCUGCAGAGCUUCGGAAGCGUUGACAUGACAAUGGGGGAGGCUGGGAGAGACGAGGAGAGUGUGAAGGAGGAAAGGGAGGGGGAGGAGGGUGCUGGAGAGGAGGGAGGGGACUCUGGUUCGGAAGCCGGGUCUAGUUCUGGUUCGGAAGGUUUAGGGAGUGGGAGGAGGGAAGGGUGGGAUGGGUUGGAGGGGGAGAGGGAGGGUAGGUACGAGGAUGAGAGGGGGAGUGAAGAGGGGAGUGAGAGGAGGAGUGAGGAGGGAAGUGAGAGGGGGAGUGAGGGGUCUAGGGGAGAAGAAGAGGAGGAGAGGGAGAGGCAGUGGGAAAGUUUGAGGGAUGAGGAAGAGGAGGAGGGGAGUGUGAGAGAUGAGGAUGAGGAGAUGGAGAGAGGAGAGAGUGACGGGGAACGCGAGGGAGAGAGUGAGGAGGAGGAGAGGGAGAGACAAUGGGCUAAGAUGCAUGCUGGGAGUGAGGAGGGGAGUGAGGAUGGUAGGGAGGAAGGGAGUGCGAGGGGGAGUGAGGAAGGAAGUGAGAGGGGGAGUGAGGGUGAGAUGGAGGAGGGAAUGGAAUUGGAGGGAAGCAUGGGUGGGGGGAUGAAGGGAAUAGGACAUGCAGACGAGGGAAACGAUAAGGAUGGGGAGGAUGUGGGAGAAGAGAGAGAGAGCGGGAGUGAUGAUGAUGAUGAUGAUGGUGUGGUGGUUGCAGUGGCAGCAGCAGUGCCACCACCACCAGAAGAAGGGCAUUCGGAUAAGGACGAAUACCAAGGCUCAGAACGAGGCUCGGGAAGAGGUUCCGAAGCAGGUUCGGAAACAGGUUCGGAAGCAGGUUUGGAGGCAGGAGAAGGGUUUGGGGAAGAGCAAGGGGAGCAGGAGAAGCAGGAGCAGGAACAGUAUGAGCAAGAGGAAGAGUUGAGUGAGGAUGAGCAGAGGGGAGAGGAGAAGGGAGAUGAGGAUGGGGACAGGCCUUGGGAGCAAAGGGACAGUGGUGGUGCUGGGGCUGGGGGUAUGAGCGAGAGUGAUGGGAGUGAUAGUGAUGACGACGUUGCUGUUGCUGUAGCCGCCCCUUCUGCUGGCUUUGAUGGGCGGGUCUUGGCAGUGGGAGCAAUGGGCUUGGGAAGCAGGAGAGGGGAGGAGCAGGAGGAGGAGCAGGAGGAGGAGCAGGAGGAGGAGGAGGAGGAGGAGGAGGAGAGGGAAGAAAGGGAGCUUCAGGAGAGAGAGUUGGAGGAGGGCGUGAGGAGGGGGAGGCUGGUGGGGAGGAUUCCGGUAGUGAGCGGGAUAGUGAGGAGGAAGGGGAGGGGAGGGGAGCAGAGGCAGUGGGCGGUGGUCUUAUGA